AUGAAUAACAGUACUACUGAACAAAUUUUUUGUUCUAGAUGUAAAGUCAAUAAAGAUAAAUCGGAGUUUGAAAAUCCAAAACCUAAUCAAAAAUCUGGCACUUGUGAUACAUGUCGAGUUCAAUCAAAGCAAUAUAGAAAAAAUAUUAAAUUAUUGAACAAGAAUGAAAUACUGAAUGAAAUAUUGAAUCCAAAUAAUCUUGCAGACUAUAUUCAUAAGCUUUUUGAUUUGUAUAUAAUGGAAAAUAAUAAAGAAAAUAAUCAAUUAGGCUUUCAUUUUUCAUGUACUGUUGAUAUUUCCUUUUAUAUUGAAUCUUCAAAAGAAAUUAAAGAAAUUACCAAUAAUUUGAUAAAUAUUGUUAGCGAUGUUGAUGAAUACUCUUGGAUAUAA